AUGGCCGCUCCCAUAGCGGCCCUCCUGGCACCUCUUUCCCUCUGGUUCAACGCCGUCAACAACACCGUGCCGGAACCAUAUCUCGACGAAGUCUUCCACAUCCGCCAGGCACAACACUACUGCCUCUCUCACUGGGACAUCUGGGACCCUAAAAUCACGACUCCUCCCGGCCUCUACCUCCUCUCCUACGCCCUCCAACCACUCAUCGGUUGCUCCAUCCCGGCCUUGCGAUUUCUGAACCGGGGUCGAGUAAGCAGUGUCCUAGCCACGCAUAGUGCAUUGAACAUCGUGCUCUUCCCGCCGCUGUUCUUCUUCUCUGCGCUGUACUACACUGAUGUGGCGUCCACUUUGUCGGUCGUGGUAUUUUACUGGUACUUCCUCAAAUGUCUGCCGCAGGAGAAACUCUCGUUUGGAAGGAUGGUGGUGCAAACGGUGUUGGGAUUGCUGAGUUUGACGUUUCGCCAGACGAACAUUUUUUGGGUGGCGGUCAUGCCUGCGAUCUUGACUACCGUUGUGGAACUGGAUCAGGGCCAUAAAGUGGUCAAGGAGUCGAUGUAUCGACGAGCAGAAGGAUUUGGCGACUCAAUGAUGAGCUUGGCAAGGACGAGUUGGAAAAUGGGCGUGGUCUACGAUCCUCCAGUGAGAGACGCUUUCUUCGAGGACUACAUUCGCACCCUCCUCUCCCUCUCCGUCUGCUUCCUCCGAACCCUCACCCGCCCGCCUCACCUCCUCUCCAUCCUCCGUGCCCUCCUCCCCUCCAUCCUCCUCCUCUCUUCCUUCCUCACCUUCAUCCUCCUCAACGGCUCCGUCGUCCUAGGCGACAAAUCGAACCACGUCGCGACCCCUAACAUCCCUCAACUCCUCUACCACCAGACCUUCACCGCCUUCUUCGCCUGGCCACUCCUCCUCCCUCAAUUUCUGCUCGUCCCUUUGACCCUGCUCUCUCACCUCACCCUCCCCUUCUGCCGAAUCGAACCUCUUCUCAUCUUCCGCCGGCGAAAUCUCCUUCCACGACUAAGCUUAUUCGUGGCUUUCACCGCCCUCGCCAUGGUGAUUGUCUACGCCAACACAACCAUCCAUCCUUUCCUCCUCGCCGACAACCGACACUACUACUUCUACAUCUUCCGCCUCAUCAUGCGACCAUGGUGGGUGCGCUACGCUCUCUGUCCGGUUUACAUCCUCUGCGGUUGGGCAGUGAUACAUACCCGCGGCACACCACUCCCCAUACAACCAACCACGUCAUCUCCUGGACGAUCUCAACCCUCCCAGCAGGAGAAGAAACAGGAGGCCACCGAACCCAUGGCACAAUCCGCCCCCUCCAUCGCGCGAACAAGAUCAAUCUCCCUCCCCACCGGUACCACCCCGCCCACAAUCUCCUUCGCCCUAACCCUACUCUUCACCACCGCUCUCACACUCUGCACGGCUCCCCUCGUCGAACCGAGGUAUUGUAUCGUGCCGUACAUUUUCUGGAGGAUGCAUGUGCCUUUAUCAUCACCCAGCCUUACUCACGAGAGCGCUAUCAUGCGCAGCCAAGGGAAGGAAGGCAAGAUGAGUUGGGCGGAGGUGUUGAGGGAGUAUGACUGGAGAGUUGUGGUGGAAACGGUAUGGUUACUUGCUGUGAACGCGGUGACAGGAUGGGUGUUUUUGAACAAAGGGUUCGCGUGGCCGCAGGAACCGGGAAUGGUGCAGAGGUUUAUGUGGUGA